AAGCAAGGAAGCGCUUUCUAUUUUUAAUCAUGUUCGUUAUUUGUUUACUGUUUGUUAAUUUCUUACUCGUUGAGAGUACGUAUUAUGACCUCGCCGAUGCUGAGAGUCAUUUUGAUGAGUUUAUCAUCGCUCAUAAUAAGCAGUACGUUAAUGAACGGGAGAAGUUUACACGAUUCCUGAUUUUCUCUGAAAACCUUGAGGAAAUUAAUCGGAAGAAUGCAGAGAGUACUAACGCUGUUUAUGGUAUAACAAAGUUUGCUGAUUUGACUGACGAGGAGUUUCUCAUGUAUGCUACGGGGCUGACAGGCACGGGUGGCCCAAAAUGCCCGGAUUCAAUUAGCCAAGUCAACUCUUCAAUAAUAGCACCUGAAUCGUUUGACUGGAGGACGAAGAAAGUUGUCAGCCAGGUCAAGGAUCAGAGAGCAUGUGGUUCCUGUUGGGCCUUUUCAGCUACAGGUGCUGUCGAGAGUCAAUAUGCAAUAAAACACAAGAAAAUUGAAGAAGUAUCCGAACAGCAGCUGGUCGAUUGCGACAAGAGAUCUGGGGGAUGUUCUGGAACAAAUGCUUUAGAGAAUCCAAUCUUAUAUUAUAAGGAUAAUGGGGCAAUGGCAGAAAAAGACUAUCCAUACGAAUCACAAGACAGUACAUGUAGAUAUAAGAAGGAGAAAGUGAAGGUUACAGUAAAGGGAUGCAAAAAUGUGAAAGUCGAUACAGAUGAGGAAAAAUUAAAGAAUUUAUUACACGAACACGGCCCUUUAAUGAUGGCACUCGAUGCAGUGCCACUCGGUAAAUACAUAAACGGAAUCAUUAAAUCUUCAGACUGUAAGACUAACACUCUUAACCACGCUAUUCUGGUUGUUGGAUAUGGAACAGAAAAUGGUAUUCCGUACUGGAUCGUGAAAAACUCUUGGGGUCAAGGUUGGGGUGAAGACGGCUUUUUCCGAAUCGAAAGAGGCAUCAACUGCCUCAAUUUGAUGGUAGCCACUCCAGUACUGCCAAUCGUGGAUUGAUGUAUUAAAUUCAUUCAUUGAAA